UAGCGCCCAAUGCCCAUGCCAUAACGAACAACGAACGUAGUUGUAGCGUGCAUGGUUGACUCGAACGAAGUGUUUUCUACGAAAGUCGUAAAUGUUUAACGGUCAGUGAUUAAUUUCGUGAAAAUUUUGUUCUGCGUGAAUGGCCAUUAUAUGUCGCCAACUUAUGGUGACACUCUGAAAACAUGGAAGAUACGCAAAAGUUGCAUUUCAACGCUUGCGAUAUAGAGGAUGAGGAACUGAAUAUUAGCUGUGUAACGAACUGCUCCGGAUCGGCGUAUGAUACAGAUGAUGUUUUUGACUCUUCUGCGGAUGAUUUUGGAGCUUCCCCUUUGCCACAACCAAGAAAGCUCUCCUUCAACAAUUCAAUGGACUACAGUGAUAGUGAAGCCAACCAGGGCCAUCCCAUAAAUAACAACUACAAGACUCCGUUCAUUUCCGUGACAGCUCCAAACGGGAUUCGAAUUUCUCACAGGGACGACAGAUAUCCUGCCAAAAUGUCUAUGGCGUGCAGUCCACCAUACAAGAGGGUUCGAGCCCUCAGACUUUUUGACUCUCCAGCAACGCCUAAAACUCUUAUAGAGAAAAGUGGAAUGCACACACCAUUACUAAACAAGGGCGCCAGACUUUUUCAUCUAGAAAAGCCCAGAUCUGUAGCUUCAGGUUACCACAAAUCUGAGAAACCAGCAGCGAAUGUAAACCCAUUUACACCAAGUGGGAUGUUAUUAACAGCUAGAAAGAGGACUAGGUCGAAACGAAGCCUUAAUGGAUCACCAAACAUUUCAGACAUUUCGGUGCCGAAGUUCCAGCUUGAUUCCGAAGAUUCCGAGAGCGAAGUGGAGCAACCAUUAAAACGAGCAGCUUUACAAGUCCCCAACAUUCCCCGUUACCAACAAGAGUUUCUCGAAGUAGGAUUAUUAGGUUCGGGUGAGUUUGGUUCCGUUUACAAAUGUGUAAAUCGAUUGGACGGUUGUACAUAUGCCAUAAAAAAGAGUCUGAAGCCAGUAGCUAUGGCUGGGAGUGUCAACGAGAAAAAUGCGUUGAAUGAGGUCCAUGCUCAUGCGGUUCUUGGUAAACACCAGCACGUGGUGCGUUAUUAUUCCGCCUGGGCAGAGGACAAUCACAUGAUAAUCCAAAACGAGUAUUGCAACGGUGGGAGCUUAGCGGACGCGAUAACGAAUCUCGAGAAGGAGAAAAAAUUCUUCUCCGAGGCUGAGUUACGACAGUUGUUGCUGCAAGUGGCAGAAGGACUGAGGUACAUCCACGGAAUGCAACUCGUCCAUAUGGACAUCAAACCGGGGAAUAUAUUUAUCUCGCGAGAGAAGAGAAUGUCGGCUUUGAACUAUGACUCGGCGGAUGAUGGAUUCGAUGAGGAAGAUACUAUUGAAGAGGAGGAGGAGAUAACUUAUAAGAUCGGUGAUUUGGGACUUGUAACCUCGAUAAAUAAUCCCCAGGUCGAAGAAGGGGAUUGUAGGUACCUGACAACGGAAAUUCUUCACGAGGACUUUACACAUCUCCCGAAGGCAGAUAUCUUUGCCUUGGGUUUGACGGUUUACGAGGCUGGGGGAGGUGGACCCUUGCCGAAGAAUGGACCAGAAUGGCACAAAAUCAGGAACGGAGAGCUGGCGGAACUGACGCACUAUAGCAGAGAGCUGAAUGACUUGCUGAAGCUUAUGGUUGACCCGGAUCCUGAAAGAAGGCCAUCAGCGGCGUGUCUAAUCCAGCAUAGGGUAUUGUGCCCCUUCGCCAAUAAAACCAAAGAACAACUGUUCCGAGAGCUGAACGCUGAGAGAUUGAAGAGGGAAAUUAUAUUUAAGCAACUCGAAGAGGCGAAAAAGUGUUUGAAGUCGAUUGCUCCGAAUAUGGUCGCCCUGAAUGGCUCGACGAAUGGUUUGCUGAACAGCAAUUCUGGAGGUUACAAGUUACGGCCAACGCCGACGAGAACGUCCCUGCGAGCGGUGGGUAAACAAACAAAUCGGAGUCAGAGCGCUACGAAUUUCUAAGUGUCAUAUUUUGAAAUCACUCGAGAAAAGAAGUAAGUUAAGCGGAAACUGUUAUCAGCGGAGCAGCGGUGUCCAUUGAUGCCUUUUUAUUGUGAUAUCGUUAAUUCUAGUUCAUAAACAAAACAAAAAAAGAUAAAAAAUUAAAAGCAUCUUGCAGAGUGAAAUUGCUCGUCUUCUUGGUUAAAUUUCCAUUACUAUUUAGGUCUCAAAAUGCUUUUGCUUUAUUUAUUUCUCAUCUUAGCUGGUAGUUUUUGAUUUUAAUUCACAUUUAGUUUUCCUAUUUAGAUUAUAUAAAAGGCUACCUUUAUUUUUAAUAAGAGAAUGGAUUAUGGACGAUAUCUAGUCGCUCAAAUUUCCCGUAUUUAUUGUAUAAAUACUCAUUUUUGCCCUUUUUUUUCAUCUUCAUUUUUUCGUAGUUAUUUCGAAUAAACACCGUGUUCGAAAACGUAAUUAUUGUUUAAAAUAUAUUCACCUCCAGUUAAAAAUGCUUUUUAAAUUUCAUUCAGCGACAAGUCUUCCAAUGAAAUUGAUAAUGGCUUGAUAGUUUCGAGUGAUUUUUUUUUAAUUAGAGGUGAAUGAAUCGCAGAUUCGAUAUUAGAAUAAUAAUUUCAAAAUUUGAAGAAAUAAUUCUCUUAAGCUCAGUUUUAUUAGUUUUCUUAUUAUUAGUCUUGACUUGACAUAACUUAGUAUUACAUUUGAUAAUUUAAGAUUGUUAUUAUUGAUACCAUCUACCAAAAAUAAUAUGGACAAUAGUGAUCUUAUCUGAAAGUAGAAAUUAAAUAAUUUUUUGCUUCGAAUAUAAAUUACUUCGAAUGACAAUAAAACUGAUGCAAAGGACAAUAGCGCCUCAGCUUUCAUGACUUGUCUAAAAUUAUUUUAAAACAAAUCUGCAAGUAGCGAAAUUUUGUGAAAGAGUCUUGGCAAUUUGACUCUGCAUAAACUUCUAUUAAACUCAACAUUCACAGACGAAAUAAAGGGUGAAGAACAUACAAAAAUUAAAUUAUUUUUAUAUGAGUUUUAAAUGCAUCUGGUCUCAGCAUGCUUUGAAAUUUGACUUAGACAUUCUCUUAUUAAUUCUAUAUUAUUAUGUAUAAGUUGUAAUAAAUACCGAUGUAUUAUAAUUCUCAAACUUAAUCUUUUUUUUUAAGUUUAAGACAGCAUUGCUAGUUCUUAAGAUAUUCACGUUAUACUCCUGAUGAAAGUCAGUCUCGCUUUACUCCGAUUAUCAACAUGUAAAUUCAAAAGUGUCUUCGAAAAAAAGCUGAUGAGCCGUAAAUCGAGGUCUUGUUGUUUUUCGUGGUUUACACUCAUGAAUUCCAAGCACGAUUUUAUUUUCAAACAAGAUAUGGAUAUUAUUUUUUGUAAAAGUUAACGUCGUACUAGGUUUUUUUUUCUUCACUUUGCGACAGUAGAUAUUCAAGGCAGUGCGUUAUAAAGAUUUUUAAAAGUGUAAGAACGAAUUUGUACGACGAAAGUAUUGUUCCUUUUUUCCUCGUUUCUUCGAAUAUAUUUUCUUUUCGAUGAACAGUAAAACGCAUGACUGUAAAAAUGUAAUUGCAUGAAAUUGUACUUUUGAAAUUGAUUUGUCAAAACUUUACAACUAAAUACAAAUCUGUCGCAUCAGAAUAUUUUAUAAAUGUUGUGUAUUUAAUUUUUCAAGAAACAAGCAUGUAUAGAAAGAGCAGACUUGUAAAAAAAGCACGCACACUACGUUUAGGUGAAAAAAAAAACAAGAAAGUUUCUGAAACAUUCUUGCUAGUUAGGGUAGAUCCUGAACUAUGGCAGAUAAAACACUAUAUUUUGAUACAACGUGUGAUCAUUGUUGUUUAUCAUUAUGAUGAAUAUUAUUAUAACACGCGAAAAUAAAUUAAUUUUGAAUUUUA